UUGUUCGACGUGUUGGCAGCAGCAUCCACACAUCGGUCCCGUUUUCGGCAUCUCGGCAGCCACAAGUUGCUAUUUCGUGCGCUGUGCAACAGUAGCAGACGUGUUGCUUACAAGAACGGACGUGGUUAACGGACGAAAUCGCAAAGCGGUCCACAGUGAAACGCAGCCGGAAGUGUACAUCCGCAGGCACACACACACAGAGAGAAAGGAAAGCGCAGUGCCACCCAGCAGGGAGGCGCUCACUUCCAAGUAAACGUUCUUUACAUGCCUAUAUGUGUGCUUACAUACACACAUACAUAGAUAUGUUGAUGUGCCGUUGUAAUCUAAAAUAUUGCUGUGCAGAAAGCGUUUAAAAUUUGGUUGAUAGAAUUCUUAAUCGAAAAUCAAAUAUUUCAUGAAAGUGAAAAGCCAAUGGAGCACCAGUGAAAGUGCGCAGAGAAAGUGAAAUAAGUGAAUUUCAUCUAAAUUAGCCAAAGGCUAUGUGUUUGCUGCUGCUUUCCCCCAUUGAAAGCCAAAAAAUUUAAUUUCUGCGUCUGACGUGCUAUCGACAGCUCAAAAAGGAAUAAAAGAACCCACUAUACAAUAUAUAUGGAAAUUUUGCGACAACAACAACAAAUUCAUAUCAUAAGCAGUGAAACAUAUUUAGAACUUGUGAUAAAGCAACAAGCAAACACCAGUGCGCAAUACAUAUGUACAGUACCCGACUAAGCGUGACAAAGGCGACGUCCACGUCUCGUUUGGCGCUAAUGUGAUUGAUGUGCUUUGUUAUUGUAGCGCUUAGACGUGGCGGAUUUGCGACAGAGCAGCGAACAAAAAAACGAGGCAAAAUAUAAAAAGCGGCAAAAUUUGCUUAACAAAAGCGAGAAAUCAUAUAAAGAGUAGGAUUUCAUGCGCGGAAAAGAUUAUCCGCGAAGAAAAUGUGUGGGAAAGUGUGGAAGAGAAUGAGAAAAACCGAGUGUUAAGCGGAAAAAAGCGCGCAUUUUGUUAUCAGCUGGCAGAAAGAGCAGCCAAGAAAAAAUUACAAGCAACUAAAAAUACAACAACAAAUAUUACAACCAAAAACGAUAAAAGAACAAGUGCAACAAAGCUCCUGCUGACACGCGCCGCUACUUCAGCAAGUAGCGCCAAACGUGCAACAACAUAAAUAAGAAAUGAAAAGCAAAUAAAAGGCACAAGAAAAGUAAGCAAAAAACACAAGAAAAGUAAACAAAAAUCGCAAAGAAAAGCAUAUAAAGAAAUAAAAUUACAUAAUAAUAAAAUAAACCAUCAUAGCAGCUUUUCUAAGCGUCAGUGUUACAUCUGUUGCAUAACAGUUUGACGUCGGGCAGCGUUUGUGUCCAGCUUACUACAACGCUCACGCUGGUAAAAAGCGUUCAAAAUAUUUGUACGUCGCUUAGCUAGAGUGGCAACAUUGGCGGUACGACGGGCUUGACGAGCGACGGUAUUGAACUGCAUACCCAAAACCUGGUGGCUGCGCGUUCAUCGAGCGAAAAUAUUUUCAUCGUGAGAAGAAAUUAUAUAAAAGACCCUACAAUCCAAUGCCAGCCCGAAAGGGGCUGCUUGCGCCCCAAAAUACCUUCUUGGAUACGAUCGCAACACGUUUCGAUGGCACACAUUCAAAUUUCGUGCUUGGCAAUGCGCAGGCAAAUGGCAAUCCAAUUGUUUAUUGUUCGGAUGGCUUCGUGGAGCUGACAAGAUAUUCGCGUGCGCAAAUAAUGCAGAAGGGAUGCUCGUGCCAUUUCCUGUACGGUCCGGAAACAAAAGACGAGCACAAACAGCAAAUUGAAAAAAGUCUGAUGAAUAAGACCGAAUUGAAAUUGGAAGUUAUUUUUUACAAAAAAGAUGGUUCACCGUUUUGGUGUCUCUUUGACAUUGUGCCAAUUAAGAACGAGAAACGGGAUGUGGUGCUCUUUUUGGCAUCACACAAGGAUAUUACACAUACAAAGAUGUUGGAGAUGAAUGUAAAUGAAGAAUGUGAUAGCGUUUUUGCCCUUACAGCUGCUUUGCUGGGCGCGCGUUUUCGUGCCGGUUCCAAUGCUGGCAUGCUGGGUUUGGGCGGCUUGCCGGGUCUAGGCGGUCCGCCGACAUCGGAGGCGGAUGCUGACGGCAUGGAGGGCAAUAAUCUGGAUGUACCUGCUGGCUGUAAUAUGGGACGGCGACGUAGUCGCGCGGUGCUCUAUCAACUAUCCGGCCACUACAAGCCGGAGAAGGUGAAGACGAAAUUGAAAUUAGGAAAUAAUUUAUUGCAUUCAACGGAGGCGCCUUUUCCCGAAUACAAAACGCAAUCAAUAAAAAAGUCACGCUUCAUUCUGCCGCAUUACGGUGUUUUCAAGGGUUUUUGGGACUGGAUUAUAUUGGUGUCCACCUUCUAUGUGGCCGUUUUGGUGCCGUACAAUGCGGCAUUCGCGAAAGCUGAUCGUCAAACCAUGGUGUCGGAUGUUAUUGUCGAGGCGCUGUUCAUCGCAGACAUUUUAUUGAAUUUUCGUACAACGUUCGUCUCGAGCAAAGGUGAAGUUGUCUCCGAUUCCAAGCUGAUUGCGAUUAACUAUUUGCGCGGCUGGUUUGUUGUCGAUUUGCUGGCAGCGCUGCCGUUCGAUCAUCUCUAUGCAUCGGAUCUAUAUAAUGGCGAGGAGUCGCACAUUCAUUUGGUGAAAUUGACACGCCUGUUGCGCCUGGCACGGCUACUGCAAAAAAUGGAUCGAUACUCACAGUACACCGCCAUGAUACUGACACUGCUGAUGCUGUGCUUCUCGCUGGUGGCACAUUGGUUGGCCUGCAUCUGGUAUGUCAUUGCCGAAAAGGAGUACAUGAUGAAUGAUAGCGGCUGGGAUAUAGGUUGGAUGCACGCUUUGUCUGAGCGCUUGAAGAUACCCAUCACAAAUAUCACCAACGCCGAGGCCUACUCGACGGCGCUCUAUUUCACCUUCACCAGCCUAACGUCGGUGGGGUUCGGCAAUGUAUCCGCGAAUACGACGGCGGAGAAAGUCUUCUCCAUCAUUAUGAUGCUAAUUGGAGCAUUAAUGCACGCCGUCGUGUUCGGUAAUGUGACGGCGAUAAUCCAGCGCAUGUAUUCCCGGCGUUCAUUGUACGAGAGCAAAUGGCGUGACUUAAAGGAUUUCAUAGCGCUGCAUCAGAUGCCCAAAGAACUGAAACAAAGGAUUGAAGAUUACUUCCAGACAUCGUGGUCGCUCAACCAUGGCAUUGAUAUUUACGAGACGCUACGCGAAUUUCCCGAGGAGCUGCGCGGCGAUGUGUCCAUGCAUUUACACCGUGAAAUCCUGCAAUUGCCGAUAUUCGAAGCCGCCUCACAGGGUUGCCGGAAGCUGCUGUCACUACACAUCAAGACAAACUUUUGCGCUCCCGGUGAAUUUUUGAUACACAAAGGGGACGCGCUGAACUACAUCUACUAUCUUUGUAAUGGUUCCAUGGAGGUCAUCAAGGACGACAUGGUGGUGGCCAUAUUGGGCAAAGGCGAUUUGGUUGGUUCUGACAUUAACGUCCAUUUGGUGGCCACUUCCAAUGGCCAGAUGACAGCGACCACCAACAGUGCGGGGCAGGAUGCGGUGGUGCGCAGUAGCAGUGAUGUGAAGGCGCUCACUUAUUGCGAUCUGAAGUGCGUGCAUAUGGGCGGCUUGGUUGAGGUACUGCGUCUCUAUCCAGAAUACCAGCAACAGUUCGCCAAUGACAUACAACACGAUCUCACAUUUAACUUGCGUGAAGGUUAUGAAUGUCAGGACUCUGAAAUAGGACCAUCAUUUCCCUUGCCGAGCAUAAGCGAAGACGAUGAGAACCAGCAGGACGGCGAUGGUGGCGACGACGAUAAUGAAAAUGGUGCGAAUGCCUCACCACAUCACAGCAUUACCACACCAUCACCAUUGCAUGGCCGUUCACCUUUGCUGGGUUUGAAUAGUCCACGUUUAAUGAAAUUACAUCCGCGUGGACGUUCGCUGAUAACCUUGCGUGAGCGUGUGGAGCGGCAACGUUCACUAAAUAUAACAUCAAGUUUGGAUACCGGCUCCAUGGAUGAGGAUAUGAACGGCGAGGAUGGAGAUGAUGAUGUGCACAGCAUAAAGAAGAAACCUUCGAUGGAACGCUUGGACUCGCAGGUGUCGACGCUGCAUAAUGAUGUGGCGCAGCUGAGUCUGGAAGUGCGCAAUGCCAUACAGGCGCUACAGGAGAUGACAUUCUCGACUAUGGCUUCGCAGGCUAGUCUGAAAUUCCCACCUGCACGCUCAAUACCCAAUAUAUGUGGUACGGUUGGCGGCGCAGUGGGUAUGGGCAGCACCAUGCACUUUGUGGCGAGUAGCACAGAUGAUAUGUCACUGCAGCGUUCGUCUUCUCAUCCGCCCGAAAUCUGGGGACGUGAAAUGCAACUGAAUUUUGCAGGCGGUGCGGCAGUGCAAGGGAGUAAGGCGACUGUUGAUGCUGGUGGCGGUAUCAGUGCUACUGGCAGCGCCAAGACAAACUCGCCAGCUGCGCCAGAAGUGCCGAAAAUAUCACGCGCUACACAAACAGACUUCUAUAAAAUAGAUUUUCCCGUUUUCGAACGUUUUGUAUUGGCCAAUCCACGUUUGGUGCUCGGCCUGCUGGGUAUUGAUCCGGCGAUAAAGACUGAAAUUGAAUUGCUACAACAACAGCAGACUCUACAAGUAUCGCCGUUGAAUACAAUCGAGGAGGUUAUAUCGCCUGCCGAAGGCCCCGGCUCGGUUACCGGCUCCAAUGAACGCUUGCUGGGCGACAGCUUCUGCGGCAACGGUAAGUCGUAUGCCGUGAUGGAUGAUGAGAACUCCAAUGAUUAUCGUUGGAUAAUGAAACAUUCCGUGAGUAAAAGUAGUAAUUGUUGUCGCUCGACGGAGGCUUUACUGCAACCCAUUGAAGAGCAACAGGAGUUGCCCAAGUACUCCGUUACAUCAGCGCAACGCAUGCCACAGUCACCACCCUCACGCUACGAGCAUCUUUACACUUCCGCUACGACAACUGCGACGACAAUCAUUGCCGCGACGCCGGCAUCUGCCGACCAGGCAGCCACUUUCCAGUUAGUUAGCGAAGCAGAACGAACAGGCGGUCCUGCGAAAACUCAACAACAACCAGCACACCGCACAACGCGGCGGAACUCCAACACCAACUACAGCCAGCACCAUAGCAACAGCAAUAGCAGUCUCUCGAGCAAUGCGUCCACACAUUCGAAUAGUAGCAACAGUCCGCCUGCGACAGCAACUGCCGGCACGACCGGACACAAUGGACCGGUUAGUGGUGGCACAGGUGGCAGCACGACCAGCGGAGGCGGCGGUGGUAACAGUGCGCCCAGUAACAACAGUAGUCGACGCUCGUCUUGGAAGCUGCAUCGUUCGCAAAGUGGUGACUAUAAACGUUUACCCGAGGCGCUAGAGGACUCACCGCCGGGAAAGAUCAUUACCGCCGCUAGCGCAACAACAACAACAUCUGUCACACAUUACGCAUACAGUGGCGGUGGCGCCGCCGAUGAACAUCUCGAGCUACUCGCCAGCAGACGCUCAUCGCGCGCCAGUUGUGCGUCGGUGGUCAGCGCGGCCGCAGAAGCGGCAGUGGUGAGUAAGCGCAACAGUCUUAAUGCGAACCGUUCGCUGUUAAGCGUUAGCGGUGCUGGCGCUGGUACAAAUGGUGGGCAAGGGCAUACGAGUUACCGUUUCUCCGCUGGCGAUGCGGAUAAAUUGGAGAAGGGACUGAAGGGAAUGCCAUCAACGAGAUCGCUGCGGGACGCCAGCGUCAAUUAGUUGGAGGCCAACGGCUGGAAAGCGAGGAAAUCGCUGAAGCGUAGAAGUAGUAAUAGCUGCAUGUCUAGCUAGUUUUUUAAGAAAUCAUGAACCGAGUGCUGUGCGAAAGUUGACAAAAAGACAGAUUUGUAGCUAGGUACAAAUGAGAUGAGUGAUAAAAGAGCAAAAGAAAGCAUAGGUUGUGUUUUAGCUGGAGCAAAUAAAUUCAUAGGUUAAGGUGGAUGAAAUAAAUAGAGAAUUUUUUUGUAUAUAAUGGGUAGGAAAUUAGUAAUGCUGAUAGUACUUGAAAAACUCAGAGUAUCAGUUAGAUCAUUCUAUUGCUUUUCGACUUUCCUUUUCAUGCUUUUGUCCAGAUUGUCAUAAGGACAAUGCAUGGGCUUACCAAUGUCGGUCAUGUUUUCGGCUGACCGUCGUACACAACUCUUGGUAAUAGCGUCGACUAUCUCAUAGCUGUGGAUGCCUUUGUGACUUGGCACCUAGUAGAAAAAUUAUCCCUCUGUAAAAGUUGUUCUAAAAAUUUUAUUUCUUAAUGAUGUUUAAAAGAGUCGUCAUUGAUGUUUUCUUUCAAAAUCGGGUUUGGCGAAUAGUGAAGAACACUAUUCUAAUGCACUUUGGAAACUUGUAAUCCAACUAUUUGAAAAAUAGUUUUGAGGUUAUGGUUAUCGCUUGCAGAGCUUCGUGUUAUUUUUAUUCGCUAAACCUUUUGCUAAGAUUGAUUUGAUAGGCAACGUUGAUGAAGUACAACAAUGUUGUGAGUUAUUUUUGAGUAGUUAGAUAAAAGUUCUGAGUCUUUUUGAAAUAUUCUACUCAAUUAUCCAGCAAUGACAUAACUUGACAGCUCGAAUUUGUCAUAAUCGAAUAUGUAUUGCAACCUUCGGUGAUAUACGCAUGAGAGCGUUAGAUCGUACCUUGCUUAGAGGCUGCACGAAGCUUAUCUCAUAUUAGUUUAGUUUAGAAAGGAGCUAACGAGAGUAUGGCAAUGAGUAGGAUUUAGAAAUUGAGUGAGUUUUUAGUAAGUAACAGUGAGUGAUUAUAUCAUAUACACAGAGAAGUAGAGAAGAAAAGAUAUUUUUAACAGAAAAAAUUGAAAAAUGAAAAAACUCACAUAUUUACACACAUACACCAUUAUUAUUAUAUAAACAUAUAUACAUAUAAGAACAUAUGAAACGCUGUAUUUUGUUGAAUUUUUGUUGAAUAAUUCUCGAUGUGAUUUUUGCAUGUUUGUGAAAUUAAAAAAAGUAAGUUUAAGGAUAUUUUUAAGUAAGAAUUAAUUUAUUAAAGUUGAGAAAAUAAAAAAAAUAUUAAAAAAGUAAUAAAAGAAAAAAUUAAAAUUAAAAUAAAAAUAAAAAAAAGUAAUAUAAUUUAAGUAUAAAAUAGUUCUUAACUGAAAAAAAUGGGUAGUCGAAAAAGUCUUUUCGUAUUUCUAAUCAAAUUUGGAGAUAUACGACUGCAAUGAGAUCUAUUGACAAAAUACGAAAAGACUUUUUCGACUAUCAUGUAAUAUAUGUAUGUGUGCGUGACAUACAUUUUUAUCUGCUGUUAUGCUUAUAAAUUUUUAUCUAUUACAUUUUUAUACAAAUAUUUUUUUUUAAUUUUUUUCUAAUUUUUUAACGUUAUUUAUAUAAAUUUAAUAUAUAGUAUAACUGCUACCUUCGCAAAUACCUAUGUAUACACAAAUAAAUUAUAUCAACUUGUAGCCAGGCUGUCACUGGAAAGUUCAAAACAAGUAUAACUGUAAACAGAGACAUAUGAGCAUAAAGCUAUAUCAAUUUAUUAAGUAAUAUAUAUGAUACAUAUAUAUAGUAUAUGAAUGAAAACAUAUGUAUAUGUGUGAGUAGUCGUAGCAUAGGCUUAUUGUUGAGAAUAAAUUAUAAAAAUCUCUUGUUGAAGUUGGUUGAAUAUUUUUUAUUGCUAAUCUAAAUAUAAAACUUGUAAAUUAUGUUAAAUUUUAAGUUUAUAAAUUUAAAACUAAAAAGGCUCAUGACUGUUUUAGAUUUUGUAUGCCAAUUAGCACGCUUGCUCGCAAAAAAAAAAAAAAAUAAAAUAAAAGUAUAAGUAUAUGUCUGAAAUGUAUUAUAAAUAAAUAUAUUUUAAUAAGGGAGAAAAAAAUAAGUUUAUUUGCGUAUAAGAAUGUUUAAUGAAGCAUAAAAUGAAAUGUAAAAUAAGAUGUUGUAAAAUAAUAAAUAAAAAAAUAUUAAAAUAAAUCUAACUUCAUGGCUGUAUGUUUGUAUAAAUGUGAAACUAUUGCUCUAAGCUUUCUACUUACGCAAAAAUCACAAAAAAAAAAAAAUCAUAAGAAAAAAAAAUCACACGAAAAGAAAAAUUCCACAAAAAAUUAGUUGGCGUAACGUAAAUUGUAAAAUAAUACAAGCUACAUCUAAAUAUCAUAACUAUUUAGCGCUAACACAGCAAAAAAAUUUUAACGAGAAAUUCCGAAAUUUCAAACUAGCUAUUUGUAUGCCAUUUUCUGCAGGCUUGAAUUUUAUUCAAAAUUUCUUAAACCUGAAAGACUUAAAAUACCUGCUCAAAUUAAGUACUACAACAACAAACAACUAGUUAUAUAUGUAUAUUAAGUUACUAAGAUAUCAUAUAGCAAUUAUAUGUAAAUGAAAAGUAAAGUCUAUUGAAGAGCAAAGUUCAAUUUACUGUUUGAAAAAAUAAAAUAAAAUGAAAAAAUAAAAUCAAUUCAAAGAAUUCAAGAAUUGAAUUCAAAGAAGAAACCGUAAUCAAAACCCAGUUUCUGUAAAUUCAAUGUUUUAAGCCGAACAAACCAAAAUCAAACAACUUUUCCAAUGCCAACAAAACUCAGCUGGACUGAAACGCAUACAAUUAUCGAACAAGAAUAUAAUACAUAUGCAUAUUCAGUGUUGCAAAUACAACAAAAACAAACAAACAAAAAUAGUUAAAACGCAUUUUGGCAAAUAUUUACAAACAAGCGCAUGUACAUAGGUUUUAUGUAUAUACAAGUAUAUGAAAAAGAAAAUAUUUGGAAAACAAAGAAAAUAAGAAUAAUGAUGAAGCAUUUCAACAGCAUAAAUAAAAUAACUACAGUGUUUAAACAAAAUAUACCUACAUACAUACAAUU